AAAAUAUACACCCAUAAAUAUAUACACAUAUAUAUAAAUAAAUUAGGUUAUAUAUAUUUAUUUAUAUAUUAACAAUGCCUAUCGAUCGAAUUCGUGGCAUGCCCCUUGACAAAAUUCUUAGCAGUCGUCAGCAACCACAGAAAGGAGAAGUGGACGAUCCUGAUUCGGAGUACAGUUCCCCCAAUGAUGACCCAGAAGAAACCUUCAUGGAGAGCGCGAAAGUGAUCCCUCCGCCGUCGCGUAGCUCGGGUCUAUCCCGUCGACUGUCAAACAGUCGCAAUAUGAUUAUGAAAUGGAUCGUAUGUGUCUCGGGAAUAUUUAUAUUGCUGCACUUCGUGCCGCGACACAUUAACAGAGAGUUUGGAUCCAAGCCGAGCAAGGCUAUACUUCUAUGGAACGACGCGAGCCUCGCCGGACAGGAUAGCUAUCAGUGCAACUGUGUGAUAACCAGAAAUCGGAACUACACCAAGCUGCCCAUUGAUGCCGUCGUUAUCAAUGCAGAUCAACCCUACUCAGGAAAAGGUCUCGAUAAGAUCGCACACACUCCCAAUCACUUAGUGGUUUAUGCUAGUUUGAAUCCACUGCAUCUGGCCAAGAAUCCACUACGCGUGAACGGUGAAUCCAUCUUUAACUACUCGAUGACCUAUCGCCUGGACUCGGAUCUGGUGUGGACACAAUAUUACUUUUCAAAGAUCAUCGAACCAGACGAGCGCGUGAGCAGCUUCGCAGCACCCGUCAUUGGCUUCCCAAGCCAUUUGCCCUCAAAAGUGGCUACCAAUGUACGCUUUUACUUACGCCACAAGCUGUAUCUGGCUAUGUACAUACAAUUCAAGGAGGAUAAUGCCACCACCAUGCAGAGCCGAUACCUGAUGAAGAUGCGCGAGCACAUGGAGCUGAGCUCCGUAGAGAGCUGCCACAACACCAAUAACUGCGCCCCCUACCAGUUUAUGCUGAUAUUCGAGACCAGUCGCUGUCCGGACUAUGUGCAUCCGCAGUUCUACAUAGCGCUGUCCAAAUUUAUAGUGCCUGUGCUGAUUGGCGGUGGCAAUCUCAGCCAGCUGGUGCCACCGGGUUCCUACAUAAGCGCCAAAGAUUUUCAUUCACCUUCCGAACUGGCGCAACACCUGUUAACGAUCUCCUCGCAGCCGCAGCUGUACGAGCAGUUCUUCUGGUGGCAUUCCCAGUAUGCCAUACGCUCUACCAAGCAACCCUACUGCGCACUCUGCCACCAGCUGCAGCGGGAGCGAUUUCAGCGCCUUUCCGUUGAGUUCCUUGAAUGGUGGACAGUUUACCAGUGCCCGGACCCCGAGGCAUUUCCUAUUGGGUCCAAUUAAAUGUGCAUCCCCAUUGUUUAGUCUACUCAAUUGACUGUAUAACCAAUAAAAUAGUUAAAUUAGCUUA